AUGAGGCUCCGUCCACCGGACGCCGGGACUCGGGCGCUGCUCGCACUUCUAGUUUUCAUAUUGACAGCCGUCGCAGGAUGUCAAGGCAAUCCAGAUGCAAAGCGAUUGUACGAUGAUCUUCUAUCAAAUUAUAAUAAGCUCGUGAGGCCUGUGGUAAAUGUUACUGAUGCUCUCACAGUCAAGAUCAAAUUAAAACUUAGUCAACUUAUAGAUGUGAAUCUCAAAAAUCAAAUCAUGACGACGAAUCUUUGGGUUGAACAGUCUUGGUAUGAUUACAAAUUGAAAUGGGAGCCGAAGGAGUACGGAGGCGUCGAGAUGCUGCACGUCCCUUCGGAUCAUAUUUGGAGGCCGGAUAUUGUGCUGUAUAACAAUGCCGACGGAAACUUCGAGGUGACUUUGGCCACCAAAGCCACGCUGAACUACACAGGCCGAGUCGAGUGGCGGCCGCCCGCCAUUUACAAGAGUUCCUGCGAAAUCGACGUCGAAUAUUUCCCGUUCGACGAACAGACGUGUGUCAUGAAGUUCGGGUCGUGGACGUACGACGGAUUUCAGGUGGAUUUGCGGCAUCGCGACGAACAGACAGGAAGCAACGUCGUCGAUAUCGGAAUUGAUCUUUCAGAAUUUUAUACUUCCGUCGAAUGGGAUAUACUAGAAGUUCCGGCUGUCAGGAAUGAAAAAUUUUACACGUGCUGUGAUGAACCUUAUUUGGAUAUUACAUUUAAUAUAACGAUGAGGCGAAAAACUUUGUUCUAUACUGUCAACUUGAUAAUACCUUGCAUGGGUAUUAGUUUUUUGACGGUUUUGGUGUUUUAUCUGCCGUCGGAUAGUGGGGAAAAGGUUAGCUUGAGUAUUUCAAUUUUGCUGUCGUUGACUGUGUUCUUCUUGCUGCUUGCCGAAAUUAUCCCUCCGACUUCACUAGUUGUACCAUUACUAGGAAAAUUUGUACUAUUUACUAUGAUACUAGACACAUUCAGGUCAGUGGUAAUAUAUUUAAUCGGAUUCGCCAGCCACCGUGUGAUGGUUCGCACGUGUAAUGGACUCGAAAUGAGAGACUCUGCGGCCGGACCGUUGGGUGGCACUAGUGCAGGAGGCUUCAGUGCUUUGGGAGUCGAAUUCACAACGAGAGAAUUAGAGGCAUUAUCUCUCACCGGUUCUUCAUGUCGAAUUCACGGUUCGCCGCCUCUGAUUCCUCCAUCUAUGUUGCCGCCUUUACCGCCGCCUGUCUUAGGAGUUCCUCCACCGCCUCCAAAUACAAUGCAACCGGCGUCACCAGCUGAACCUGGAGACGUUCAUGUUGAAGGUCUACGUCGAACAGGCAACGGCUCAGUGUCAGGAUCCCGAACUGCGCUUCACUCUCACACUGCAACGCCAGCGCACUCACACUCAACUCCUGGACAUCAGCAGGCGAACGGCGCAGCAGCCGCACCGAGCACGGCGGCGGCAGGUCAGCCUUCCUCCUCGACCUGCGAGGCGCAGGCGAUGAGAGCCCUGCUCCACUGGCACAGAUGCCCAGAACUACAUAAAGCUAUGGACGGUGUUACAUAUAUUGCUGAUCAUACGAGGAAGGAAGAAGAAUCAACGAGAGUAAAAGAAGAUUGGAAAUACGUGGCUAUGGUACUGGAUCGCUUGUUCUUGUGGAUCUUCACGUUGGCCGUAGUCGUUGGCACAGGUGGUAUAAUUUUGCAAGCGCCUACUUUGUAUGACGAUCGCGUACCAAUCGAUGUACGGUUGAGCGAAAUAGCAUCGGCCACUGCUAAUGUACAUGUCAAGCUAUAAAUAAGCCUAUUUUGAU